GAAAGUGGUAAUCAGGUGUGAGCGAGCUCAUUUUUGCUAAUAAUCGCCUAUCAGCUUUUAAUGGGCUGGGCCAAAGCCAUUGGGCCUUUUAAAUUGCCAAUACGUGACAAAACGCGUUCGUCGAAUGGCAUCUCCCUUUAAGAUUGGCUCAAUAGUAAACGACACAUCGUUAAUAGUGAUAAUUCGAAAAUUGGAAUAUGCAAUCCCUGCAGCCAAACAAGCCCCUUUCCUCUCGACCUCAUUCUGUUUUUCGCGGGAAAAUCCUACGCAAGCUCAAAAUUCAACACUGAUUCGAUUAACUUCAUCUACUAAAGAAAUCAACUGACUUAUUAAUAAGCAAAAGCAAUAGGAAAAAUAAGAGAGAAAACAGCAAUUCUUAGAGAUGGAAAAUGAAGAAAAUGAGCCAAAAUUUCCAGGGUUUCCGUAUAAACCCUACUCGAUUCAGAUGGAUUUCAUGAAGGCACUUUAUCGCUCUUUAGACAAAGGUGGUGUCUCCAUGCUUGAAAGCCCUACAGGGACUGGGAAAACUCUGAGUAUCAUAUGCAGUUCUUUACAAUGGGUUUACGAUAAGAGACAAAAGGAGAAGUCAAAAGCAAAAGUUGAAUCUGAUCAGAGUAAGGGAGAUGGUCGUCAGAUUAUGUCUGAUGAUGAACCUGAUUGGAUGAGAAAUUUUGUUGUGAAAAAAGAGGACAUAAAAAAGGAGAAGAAAGUCAAGAAGAAAUUUGGAUUAGGAAAACAAAAUGAGAGAAAGAUUCGGGAAGGGUAUAGAGAAAUUUUUCCACGAGUCAAGGAGGAAGAAGAUUGCCAUAUGAAGAAAGGGCAUACGAGUUUGGGACAGAAAAAUGAUGGUGUGGAAUUUAAUGAUGAGGAGUUUUUGUUGGAAGAAUAUGAGAGUGAAGAUGAAGGAAGUUUAGUCAGUGGGAAAUCAAAGAGGAAAGCUGGAAGGUGUUCAGUUAUUUCGUCGAGUGAUGAGGAAGGGGAAAAGUAUGGGUCUGAUGGUGAAGAGGAGGAAAAGGAGUUGAAGAUUUAUUUUUGUAGUAGGACACAUUCGCAGCUCUCACAGUUCGUAAAGGAGUUGAGGAAGACCAGUUUUGAUAAUGAAAUAACAGCUGUGUGUUUAGGCUCUCGGAAGAAUUUUUGCAUAAAUGAAGAUGUUCUUAAACUUGGAAAUGCCACUCGCAUUAAUGAAAGAUGCUUGGAGUUGCAAAAGUACGGGAAAAGUGAAGUGUCGAAGAUCAAGAACUUAGGUCUGGAGAGAAGAGUACCCCGAACCAAAGCAUCUUCAAGAUGCCCAAUGCUUAGAAAACAUAAGCAAAGGCAAUUUAGGGAUGAGAUUUCUCAACAAGGAGCUCUGGAUAUCGAAGAUCUUGUUCAGCUUGGAAGAAGUAUGGGAACCUGUCCAUAUUAUGGCUCCCGAAGCAUGGUACCAGCAGCAGAUCUUGUGGUUCUUCCAUAUCAAUCUCUUCUAUCAAAAUCAUCACGUGAACUGCUUGGACUGAAUUUGAAGAACAAUAUUGUUAUAAUAGAUGAGGCACAUAAUCUUGCUGACUCCCUGAUCAGCAUGCAUGAUGCGAAAAUUACAUUUUCAGAGUUGGAUCAUGUGCAUUCCCACAUAAAGAAGUACUUUGCUAGAUUUCGCAAUCUCUUGGGACCUGGCAAUCGAAGAUACAUCCAAACUCUGAUGGUUGUCACUCGGGCUUUCCUACAAACUCUAUCCAGUGAGAAGGAUUGGAGCAAUGCAAAUACUUGCCAAGUUGAAGAAAAAACUGCAUUUGAUACUUCCAUGGCCAUUAAUGAUUUUCUGUUUUCUCUUAAUAUAGACAACAUUAAUUUGGUCAAAUUGCUCCAUUAUAUAAAGGAAAACAACUUCAUACACAAGGUAUGUGGAUAUGGAGAAAAAGUGGCUAGCUUGCAGAAAGAUUUGGUUCUAAAUAAUAGUGGAGAAUGCAGUGAGGAGUUGAGCAUGCUUUCCAGUUUCCGGGCAUUAGUAGAUAUGUUGGUAUCGCUGACCAACAAUGAUGGUGAUGGACGCAUAAUAAUUUCAAAAUCAAGACCAACAUGCUCUGGAAGACAAGGAGGAUUCUUAAAAUAUGUUAUGCUCACAGGGGAAAAGAUUUUUUCAGAGAUUGUGGAAGAAGCACGAGCAAUUAUAUUGGCAGGUGGGACCCUGCAACCUAUAGAAGAGACAAGGGAGAGACUCUUCCCUUGGUUACCACUAAAUCAGCUGCAUUUCUUUUCAUGUAGUCACAUUGUCCCUCCUGAAAGCAUUUUGCCAAUUGCAGUUUCCCGUGGCCCUUCUGGUCAAUCCUUUGAUUUUAGCUAUAGCUCAAGAAGCUCAUUAAACAUAAUAGAGGAGCUAGGGCUUUUGCUUUGCAACGUGGUGGCUGUUGUUCCUGAAGGAAUUGUAGUGUUCUUCUCCUCAUUUGAAUAUGAAGCAAAGGUCUACGAUGCAUGGAAGACAUCAGGCAUUCUUGAGAGGAUUAUGAAGAGAAAGUGUAUAUUUAGAGAACCAAGAAGAAAUGCUGAUGUGGAACUUGUUCUAAAGGAAUACAAGGAAACAAUUGAUAGAUCGUCUGGAAGUGCAAAAGAAGAUAUAGCACCUCAGAGUGGUGCAGUACUCCUAGCUGUAGUUGGUGGAAAGAUAUCAGAAGGCAUCAACUUCAGUGAUGAGAUGGGUCGAUGCAUAGUUAUGGUUGGACUACCUUACCCAAGUCCAUCUGACAUUGAAUUGAUAGAGAGAGUGAAGCAUAUUGAAAGUUUAGGAGAAUCAAAUUCUGCUAGAACCUCCAAAAUUUCAGCCAGUGAUGAAUAUUUCAGUGGGGAUAUUCAGGCUGCAUUUAGCAUCCUAAGGAGUUGCAAGCGCAGAGGACAAGAAUAUUAUGAAAAUCUCUGCAUGAAAGCUGUAAACCAGUCAAUUGGUAGGGCAAUAAGACACAUAAAUGAUUAUGCAGCCAUUUUGUUGGUUGACAUGCGCUAUGCAUCUGCUUCCUCAAAAAGAAGCUUCUCUCAUCCAACUAACAAGCUUCCACAGUGGAUAAAAGAUUGUCUUGUUUCUGCUACCACUAGUUAUGGCGAAGUCCACAAGCUGCUCCACCAGUUCUUCAAAUUCAACAAGAAGAGAGGUUGCCAAUAGAAAGCACUACUAGAACUUUUUACUGAAAUCAAAUACUAUUAUAGAGGCUGUUAUGCUGCUUUCCAAAGCAAGUUCCUGUUGAGUUGGAAAUGGGUGCCUUGGACAGAUUUGCAAGAAAGGUACUUCAUGUCAAGGCAAUUUCCAUUGAGGAUUAUAUUAUAUGAUACAAAUUCUUAUUUUUUUCCAACCGAUCUUACCUUAUUACAUUAUACAAAUUUGCAAAUUGUAUGAAGGGCCAUAACCUGAUUUAGUUUCAAGUUGGUGUGGCUUGGUGCAUAUUGUCUUUGAAGGCAGGCAGCGGACGAUUGUGUGCCUGUCUCAAAAAAUAGAUUCACCAUUUUUUCUUUGCAACUGGUUCAUUAUUGAAUAGUAAAUAUUAUGUAGAAUACAUUGAUGUAGAUGAGCUCGUGUUUUCGCAUCACAACACAUUGUAUUAUAUGGAAGUCAACUGCCACAGAAGAUAUUGGACUGA